AGAAAAACGAAAGUGAUAUUUUAUCUGGAUCUCAGCGCUCAGCGGCUCCGCGAAACUUUUCUCCCGCAGAGCCGAGCGCGGAGGAGCGGUAUGGAGGAAUUUCCUUAUCCCCUAACUGUGGAGGGACCCUGGCCCUCUACCUCCACCAAAACUCUCUCUUCCAAACUCCAGAUUUACUUUCAAAGCAGAAAGAAAUCUCAGGGCGGAGACUGCAAGGUGAAGGUCUCUGAGGAAAGCGGGGUCGUUAAGGUUUUAUUCAAAUCAGAGGAAAUCCGAGAUCAGGUGCUUGCCAAAGGAGAUCACUGUGUGACUAUUGAAAGUAAUGUGGUGAAGCUGACUGUUUUCAAACCUGGUGAGACUGUGAAGAAAAAGGAAGAACCUAAAGCAGCAGCUAGAACAGGAGGGGAGGCGACUGCUGGCCUUCAGCAACCAGAUGUCUUUGAUGAGACUAAGACAGACCCUCAAACCAAACCACCUCCCAAGGACAGUUUAAAGGAACCGCCACAAUCAUGCGCCGUGGUCCUGCAGAACGUGUCGGACAAACUGCCCAAAGACGUUCUGGCACUUUUAGUGGAGAACAUCAGUGGCGUUUCUGAAGACGAGUUUUUCAUCGAGUUAAUAACGGAAUUGGAUGUCGCUGUUGUGACCUUUAAUGACCCCAGUGUUGUUGACAAGUUUCUCCUGGAGAGCAGGACUAAUAAAAAAAUCCUGCAGUAUGGCCUUAAGGGUCGCGCUCUGGAAAAAACGAAAAGCAUUAAAGUAGAAAAUGUGCAUGGUACAUACGUUAAAGACCUGCUAGAACUCUACUUUGAAAAGUAUGUUGAGGUGGAAAGAACUGUCAUGAUUCCAGAGGAGGAAGCUGCCAUUGUCACUUUACGACAUCACUCAGAUGUGGAGAAAAUUCUGGGGAUGAAACAUCAAAUUGACCGCAAACAAGUCAAUGUUUAUCCGUAUUUCACGUCUUUGGGUACAGCCUUGUAUGGCAAAGACAGACCAACAUGGAGUCUGCCCAAACCGUUCACAGAGAAGAUCCAUCCUGCAAUCAAAGAAUUCCUUGAUAAGCAGGGAUUAAUAUCUUCCAUCUGUGAUCAGAUGAGCACUUAUUUCUGUGAUGUAACUAUGGAUAGAGCUGAAGUCCAGAUCAGCCCUCUUCCCUCACUCCUAAAGCAGAAAGAUUUAACCAAGACACAGAUAGACAGCUGGAAGCAAAAUGUUACAGAUGGCUUUAGAACCAUUGUCUCCAAUUAUGCUGUUUUUGAGCAUGCAGUGAUGCCUUCUAUGUGGGCAACUGUAGAGAAAGACGUCCGAUCCGUAGUAAAAGACAAAGCUUUCAUGAGAAUGGAUGGUGGAGUCCUGACAAUAGCAGGAAUGGCUCAAGACAUUAACUUCCUGAAACAGAUUUUGGAAGAGGUUUUAAAGAAAACAUCAAACCAGAUGGAACGGGACAAGAACACUGCCUCAGACACCAUGGAAAUGUCCUCUGCCAUGUUCUCAUUGCUCAUUCAGGAGGGUCUGCAGCACAGUGCUAAAGCCAAAUACCCAGAGCUGAAAUUCUCACACAGAAAAGACACUAAUCAGUUAGUAUUGCAGGGUCUUCAAUUGGAAAUUAUUGACAUCAAAAAUUGGAUCCUAGAAAGGAAAAUGAGCAUGAAACAGAAGACUCUGAGAAUAGAGCCUUCAUUGCUGGAGUUCCUGAGAUCAGUUGACUGUGAUGAGAUGUCUGGAGACUUAUUUACAACCAAAGGAAUUAGCUCAGUCUACAAAGUUCAAAAUGGAGAUGUUGUAUUAAUGGGAAGCACAGACUCUGCUCUUUCUCAGGCAGAAAAGCGACUUCAAACGAUGCUUACAUCCAGAACCCUGUCUUUGGAGGACCAAGCAGUGCUUGAAAAGCGAGAAUGGCGUUCUCUCAGAAACAAUUUGAGUGACACAUACAACUCAUCCAAGAAGAAAACUGUGAUGAUAAUACCCUCAAGAAAUGGAGACACACUGGUAGUGUCUGGCUUCAAUGAACCUGUCUUGGAAGUCAGCAGGAAUUUAGAGCAAUUCGUUAAUGAACACUCAAGGGUCGAAAAGGUCAUUCGUGUCAAGUCUUGCGCUGUGGUGAAAUUCAUGAUUGAGAAAAAGUCUGAGGUCUGGAAGAAAUUCGUAGAGUCCAAUGAAGUGAAAGUACAUUUUGACCCAAGGAGACCAUUGAUCCGACUGUCUGGAGAGCGUGGACAUGUCCAACCAGUCAUGGGGAAUUUUCAGGAAAUUGCUAAAUCCCUCCACACUGAUAGAAUGAUAAUAAACAAGGCAGGUGCCAAAAAGUUCUUUCGGGAACAGAGAGCCAUGUUCCAGAUGAUGAUAAAGGAAAAUAGAUUUGUGGUUGUUCUUGAGGAAGGUCACAUGCUGGAAGAGGAUGAAGAAGAUGAAGAUCAUUAUGACAGUGACAGACAGGACGAUUUUGCACAGUUGUCCUGUAAGGUCCAAUUGCCUGAUGGGGUUACCAUCACAGUCAGAAAAGCUGAUAUCUGUCAGUUAAAAGUGGAUGCUGUGGUCAACGCUGCCAACGAAGACCUGAAGCACAUUGGCGGUUUGGCUUUGGCACUCCUGAAAGCUGCUGGACCAAGUUUACAAGAUGAGAGUGAUCGAUACGUAGCUGUAAAUGGACAGGUGCAACCUGGUAACGCCAUCACUACUGGAGCUGGUCGUCUUCCGUGCAAAUAUGUGGUGCAUGCUGUUGGUCCCCGCUUCUCAGAUACUGACAAGUUUACAGCAGUGAGACGACUGAGGCAGGCUGUGAGGGAAAGUUUAAAUCAAGCUGUGGAAAACAAGUGCUCCUCCAUUGCAGUCCCAGCCAUCAGCUCAGGAAUAUUUGGCUUUCCUCUGGAACUCUGCUCUGAAACGAUUGCGAAGGAACUGCAUGCUUAUGUUGAAGAUCAAAAACGUCAGAGGGGCAGAAGGUUAACUGAGAUUCAUCUGGUGGACAAUAAUGCCAACACUGUAAAUGCCAUGGCUCAGGCUAUUAGGAAGGAAUUUGCAGAUUUCAACCCAGAGAUGACCUUUCCAGAGCAUAGGGGAUCCUAUGGGGCAGGCAGCCGUGGACAUGGUAGUAGUGGCAAGAGUUAUCGUGGACGUAACACCCAAGGUCAGGGAUAUGGUGGUCGAGGUGCUUAUGGCCAUGAUAGCACUGAGCCAAGAAAUUAUGAGCAACACAUUCACAGAACAAAGGAACCUUCAAAAUUUGAAACUCAAGGAAGGUUCCCGAGGCAAGACUCAAACCAUUCAUCCAGACCCCUUGAAAAGCAAUCCACACAAGAGGGACUGAAAGUCAAUCUGAGAAAAGGGAACAUCCAGGAUGCAACUUCUGAUGUCAUUGUCAAUAGCAUCGCAGAAGAUGUGAAUCUCAGCACAGGUGCUGUCACUAAAGCACUCCUAGAUGCUGCUGGUCCUCAACUUCAGUCAGAAGCUAAUUCUUAUCUUACUUCUUUUGGAUUAUCGAGGCUAAAUUAUGGUGACAUUGUGGACACUGCUGGAUACAACCUAAACUGUCGAAAGGUUUACCAUGCUGUUUGUCCUUUUUGGAAAGGAGGAUCUGGUUCAGAAACUGAGACACUGAAACAGAUCGUUGAAAACUGCCUUAAAAAAGCAGAACAGGAGAGAAUGACUUCGCUUUCCUUCCCGGCUCUUGGUACGGGGAACCUUCGCUUUCCUAAAGACUUGGUGUCCAGAAUGCUGCUAGGAGCGAUUCACGACUUUAGUGCCAAGUUCACUCCUCGACACCUUCAAGAAGUGACUGUGGUUGUGCACCCUUCAGAUAAUGAGACUGUACAGUGUUUCAUAAAGAGCUUUAGAGGUGGGAGGCCAGGUCCCAUCACUAACAGUGCACAAGCUGGUCAACAAUCGUCAACUAAAAAAUCACAUGCGAAGCCUUCACAGUCUCCUGGACUGUUUGGUGUGGUCUCCACUUCUACCCUUGGAGUGCACAAAGUGCAGGUGGGACGUGUGACCCUGGAGGUGUCAUCCGGCAACAUCACCAAAGAGAAAAGUGAUGCCAUUGUUAACUCCUCUAACUCAACGUUCUCUUUAAAAUCAGGAGUCUCCAAAGCCAUUUUAGAUGCUGCUGGACCACAGGUGGAACAAGAAUGUGCACAGGCUGUGAAAGGAAGUCUUCAGCAAAAGGAACACAUAAUGACCUCUGGAGGGCAACUUCCGUGCAAACACAUCAUCCACGUCAUUGGCCGAAACAGUGCUGCAGCCAUCAAUAAUGUUGUUUACUCCGUCUUGAAGUUGUGUGAUGAAAAUAAGUUCUCAUCUGUUGCCUUCCCUGCACUUGGCACAGGUCAAGGUGGGAUCAGUCCUUCUGUCGUCGCUGAUGCCAUGAUUGAUGCCGUGGUAGAGUUUGUGAAAAAGAAAAAAGCACAACAUUUACAGAGUGUGAAGUUCCUGAUAUUCCAAGGAUCCAUGGUGUCGGAUUUCCACCAAAGCAUGCUGAGGAGGCAGCAGGAGGGUGUGGAGGAGGACAACACUGUGAUUGGCUGGAUAAAAGGAAAAUUUGAUGCCGUGACCAACUACUUUGCGGGCGGCAAUCCAGAAGCAUCCAUAAAUGAGGACUUUGUGAUGGUGGGGGAGGAGUUUGAGCCGGCUGUAAUUCAGCUGUGUGGAGAAAGCCAGUGGGACCUGAGGGAUGCCAAGGAACUGAUCAAUGGUUUCUUAGAGAGGGAGCAUACCAGUUUAAACCUCCAGGACUCCGCCAUCAACCAUUUCUCCAGGGAGGAUGUAGAGGUACUGAACAGUCUCCAAAGAGAUCUCACAGUCAGCAUCCAUCUGAACAAGAGCGGCCCAGAGAGGUUCAUCACUGUGGAGGGCCUGUCCAAAGAUGUGCUCAAGGCUGAGCGCACCAUCCAGGACAUGAUCCGGAAAGUGGACAAGAAUGAGGCUCGCAAACGGGAUGCCUUCAUUGUCGGCAGCAUGGUAGAGUGGCAGUAUCUCGACAAUAAAGAGAAUAAACUCAAAGCCUUUGACUAUUUGACUAACUAUGACCUGGAAGAAGCCUUUAGACAAAAACUGCCUCGCAUAAGGAUUAGGAUCAACAACGAGAUGUGUGACGUUGAUAUAGCUGGAAAAAACGCUACUGGGAAAAGUGGUCAGAUUGAGUUGAAGAGGGUUGACAGAAAAGAACAAACCUCUGAGCCGCUGCCCAGUCACUGGGAGGACAUGACGGGAAGCUUUGUUAAACGGGUCCAAAUUCAGUCAGGCUCCCAGGAAUACACAGAUGUUGAGAAGGAGUUCAGAAGAACUGGACUGAACAAUAAUAUCCUUAAAAUUGAGAGAGUACAGAACAGCACUCUGUGGAAGAACUACAUGAUCCAGAGGAGUCAUUUGGAUGAUAAGAACAAGCACAACAACAAUGAAAGGAAGCUUUUCCAUGGUACCGGAGCUGAUAAUAUUGAUAAGAUCGACAAACAUGGCUUCAAUCGGAGCUACGCUGGGAUGCACGGUGCCAUGUAUGGUAAUGGUGUGUAUUUUGCUGUUGACCCAGUUUACUCAGCUCAAGGCUACGCCAAGCCAGACCAGCUUGGUCAUAAGCGCAUGUAUCUGGCCAGAGUUCUGGUCGGUGACUACACCACAGGGAAGUCGGGUCUUAUUUCACCUCCAGCCAAGAGCUCGGGUGCCACGGAUUUAUACGACAGCGUCACUGAUAAUCAACAAAACCCAACUAUGUUUGUGAUCUUUCAUGAUGUGCAGGCAUACCCAGAAUACUUGAUCAUAUUCCAGUAGAUGUGGCUUUUAUGCAUUUUUAUCUGAUCGUGUCUCCGAAAUUCUAAAAUUCUAAUAGAUUAUUCAAGACUAAAUGCAAUGUCAACAAAAUGUUUAAUUGAAAAAAAAAAAAACAGCUAUACUGAUUUGCUAUUUCAUCCUUAGAUAUUUGUGGCUUAAUAUUUUUCCUUAAGGGUUUUCAGUGGGUCAUAUAACAGUGUAUAACAGAUAUACGCAGUAUGGAUUAUAAACACCACAUGUUAUCAAAUCUUAAAUUCAACAGCAUCAAUGAGGUUAUUAUACUUAUAUAAGUGUUUAUACUGAAACGUUUUUAAUCUCUGAGUAGUGUGUGUUGUGUGAAUUACCUGAAGCUUUUUUUUGUAAUUGUGCUUUGCAAUACUUUUCAGCUCCACUAAAGGGCAGUAAAUACACAUGCAACAAGAUCAUGCACUGACGAACGUACAAAGCAAUGCACUACAAAUUUUCAGAACAUAGUUUCCUUCUUUUUUUUUAUCAUAUGCAAUUAUUAUAGCUUUGUAAAUGGGAAACAGAUCGCUUAUAAAAAAAAAUGGCAACAUUUAACAAUAAUUCAUGUUUGUAAAAGCUCCCAUAUACAAGUUUUUACACGAAUACAUUGCCCACUGUCUCUGGUGUGACUUAGUGAUUUAGUCUCUUCUUCAAUCUUGUCAGGAUUAAUUAGAUUGUUUAUACAAAGGCGUUUUUUUUUGGGGGGUCAAAUGUAUCCCUGACCACUUCUAAAAUGUUUUCUUUUCUGUCUGAGACACACUGGACCAUAUUCACAGCUGUAAUCAGUGGUGUCAAUCUAUAGUAAGAUGACCAGGAUGUAUCUGAAUGCAAGGGACCUUUAGAGAAAAAAACUGUUAGUGGUGUUUUAAAACUGCAAUUAGUAUGAAUGUUUUGCCUGGUAAUGAGAUUGCACAAUAAUAAAAAAUAAAAAAAAUCAGUAUAACAGUU